CAUACUCCCAUACACCGUCCUUUCUCCCCCGCCCCGUAUCACCCCCGCCUGGGCCCUGCCACAUUCCACCGCCUCGCCUGCCCUACCAUGCCGGACAAGACCAGCUCACCGUCAGCCCCCGCCACCACCUCGAACACCAGCGACCGCCAACAUACCCAGCCGCAACCCGCCGACGAUGACAGAUCCCAGCAGCCAGACGUAGAGUCGCCAGAGCCAAGUGGAGCCGAGAGGGAACAGGUCGAGGAGGAGGCCGCGGCCGAAGCGGACGACGAGUCAGACGACGAGGAGCCAGAGACCGGCGAUGAAAUCAUCGACAUGGAAACGUUCCAGCAAAUCAUGGACAUGGACGAGGAAGACGACGUGGACGAAGAUAGUGAUGAAAAACAUUCGUUCUCAAAGGGUAUCGUGUGGGGAUACUUUACUCAGGCCGAAGAGACGUUCAAGGAUAUGGAAGAUGCUCUCUCCCGCAAGGACCUUUCCAAACUCUCCUCUCUCGGCCACUUUCUCAAAGGCUCGUCCGCCGCGCUUGGUAUCAUCAAAGUCCAAGCCUCGUGUGAAAAGAUGCAGCACUAUGGCAAUCUUCGCGACGAAGAAGCCGGUGCUGACCUUGAUGACGCCGAGGCUCUCAAGCGGAUCGACGCGUUAUUGGUCAAGUGCAAGAAGGAUUACAAGGCGGCUAAGAACUGGAUGGUCAAGAUGUACGAUGAUCUCAAGUAAGAGAGACGGGUUAGAAUAAUAACAGACAGGACAAGUCGGUCAUUGUAGCUUGUAAUAUUGCGUUUUUUGGUGAAGGGGAAGGGAUUUAUUCUCAGCCUUUUUUGAAAUCUUUGUUUCGACCUUUACAACUUGUGGAUUUAUCGUGCUGGCCCGUUUUUGUUUAUAUCUACCCACCUCGUUUAUUUUUUCCACCUUUAACACCGUCUCCCCUUUCGUUUCAUGCCUCAAUCAUUAAUCGCGUUCCAACUUGACUUUUUUUCUAUACAUACUUCUACAAUUGUUUACAGCACGUGUAGCACCAUCGUUCUUUUUUUUUCUUUUGUUAGCAAAUCCCCCCACCACCACCACGCACGGACCGGCAGUGUGACGUUUGAGAAGAGAAUGUAGUAGAGGAGGUAGAUGAUGUGAAGGAAAAAAAAAGAGAGCACGAGAAGGAACGGUAGAUAUCAUACCUGUGCAUUUUACGUUUUAUUGUCUUUUAAAUGCAG